GCUUUUCACUGAACAAGCAAGCUCAAUAACAAAUUGCCCGCGUUAAUUUUCACAAUCUUAUCUGCCGUUAGAGUUUGUAGCCACCGGCAACCUCUUUCAGUCAGUGAUUAUCCUGUAUUGUGCUGUAGCCUUUAGCAGCAGCAGCAGAAUACAGUCAGCAAGCAAUCAUCUUGGUGGAGUUCAUUAUGUACAGGCAGUACUAUAGUAGGAACCAGAGAAAUAGGGGAAUCAAGCUUAAGUAUGCUCUGCAAAUUAGCUUACUUGUUGCUAUAUGCUUUUGGUUGAUUUACCAAGUUGAGUGUUCUCAUGAUAAGAACGAAGAAUUUGAAGCAAGUGAUGAAAAAGAUUUUCUGAACAGAGGAAGUAUUGGUGGACUUAUAAGGAUCAGAAGGAAGACUAUCCGUCCCAUGUAUGACGAGAUUGAAUCUGAAGAGGAGACCACUGAAGAAGACGAGCAUGAAGAAGAGAAAUUAGAUGCAGAGGUUGAUCAAGAAGAGACUGACAUUACUGAUGGGGCCAGAGAAGAUGGUACUGUCAGAGAAAGUGAAGGAGAAAUAGGUGAUGAUAGCAAUGGCAGAAAGCAGGAGAAGUCUGUGGAGUUUGGUGAUCAUGAAAGAGGUGAUAAGAGUAGCCAUGAGGAUGGUGGUGCAUCAAGUUCCCUGACUCAUGAUAACCACACUGGAAUGGCUGAAAAUGAGGAAGGAGUUGUGGGAAUCUCUGAUCAACAACACCUUGAACACAUUUUGGAACAGAAAAACAAAGAAAAUCGUGGCGAGGAAGCAUAUGAUGGUGAGAUAAAGAAAUGGUUGAAGGUGAAUGGUGGUGAAAUAUCUGCUGAUGCCAAUCCAUCAAGUGCAACACAAAUUGUGACAAAUAUUACAACUGAGGAAAACAAUUUGGACAGUUCAGAGGAGGGCUCAUCGUUGACAGAAGCACCUACUGAUAAUAAUUCAGAAUCAAGCAACAGCACAACUGAUGUCUCAGCAAAUAUUCCCAAGUCAUCGGAGCAAAAUUUCACUGAGAGUGUGACCGAGUUAGAUCAGGACCAGAGAAUUGCUACUGAAAACACAUCAACCAAAGGAUCCAACUUAAAAACUAGUAUUGGUCUUCAGCAGGUGAAUGCUUCUACCUUAGGCGUGGAAAAUUAUCUUGCAGACUCUAACUCAACAGGUCACACUGAACCCAAAAGUCGGAGUCAAACCUUGACGAUUUCUCCAAACUCUGGAAGAUGGAACGAACAUACAAAAGAAUGAUACUGUGUGAUUCAAGUGACAAAAGAUCAUUAUAGUCUCCCUGAAAUACAGCUGGAGAUGAAGCUGCAGGAUGAAGAUAUACUGUAGCUUCACAUACUGCAGGUUCAUUAUUCGUGAGCUGAAGUCAUGACCCUAGAUUUUAGAUGUUCAGGUUUCAUAGAGGAAAUGUUGUAAAGAUCUCAUAAUACAAUUUCAGGUAUGUUAGGCAAAAUGAUGAUAUACAGUUUGAUUACAUGAUGAUCUAUUGCUUUCAUCUCUGUAUAACCAAUUGUUCAGCAUGCUAUAGGUUGAUGAAACAGUUUCCUCUUUACAUUAGAAUGUGAUAUGGUUGUAUUUGUA